AUGAAUAAGGACACCCUAACUGAGUCUAGGAGCAAGACGACAGGAAAGUCAGAUGAGCACCCCAAUCUGUGGAUAGAGCGCUUCUUCAACCGGAGAUGCUGCAUCACCUUCCUGACUGGCUGCUACAGCUGCCACUGGCAAUACAGAGAGUGGGAGAAAACUGAACUUGGAUCCUGUUGCUGCCCCUGGAAAGAACAGUUUUUUUAUAUGUGCCUGGUAGUUGCAUUCGUCCUGUCUGUGAUUUUCCUGUUUGUGUGGGUUGAAACCUCUAACGAGUACAACGGCUUUGACUGGGUUGUUUAUCUAGGGUCAAAACGCUGGUUCUUGUGGUCCAUUUUUAUGUUGAGUAUAGCCGGGAUCCUGACUGCCUACACGUCCUUGCUUUUGUUACUCAGCUUUUUUUUACUCUGGGAAAGGAUUGAACUAUAUCUGCAUACGUGUCAUAAGGUCUUCGUUUUCCUGGUGAUCCUGCUGUGCUCCUUCUUACUGUAUGUUCUAAACCGAUACUGGACGGACAAGUGGCUGAUAGCUGGGCUGUCACUGCAGAUCUUUGCUCCCUUUCUGCACCUGAGCCUCAUAACUGUGAUGAUUCUUCUUUCCUGGCCCCUAGCCAUCUGUAUGGCCCACUUGGAAUCGGAAGUUAGAAUAAGAAGAUACAGAAUGGCAGGUUACGAGCACGAAGUCCUGGAGACAUGUAAUAUAUUCACAAGGUUAAAAGCUCUACAGGUAGCUGCUGGACUCCCCUUCUUGAUCAUUCUUUUGUGUCUUUACUUGAUGCCGCUGGGGAUUUAUUCUCCCUGCGUUCUGAAGAAGGAGAAUUUAGGGCCUAAGCCUACCUUCUUUGGACACAGAGGCGCACCCAUGCUGGCGCCAGAGAAUACCAUGAUGUCCUUUGAGAAGGCCGUGGAACAUGGUGCCUCCGGCCUGGAGACUGAUGUAUACUUAAGCUAUGACGCGGUGCCUUUCCUUAUGCACGACUAUGACCUGAGCCGAACAACCAACAUCAGAGAGGUCCUGCCCUCGGCCGCUUUCAACCACACUGCCACCUUCAGCUGGACUUUCCUGUCGACUUUGAAUGCCGGCCAGUGGUUUAUACAGCAUAAGCCAUUUUUUGGCAUGAAACCUUUAUCAGAGGCUGAUAAAAGAAGAGCAAGCAACCAAUCAAUUCCAUCUCUGGCUGAGUUAUUAGAACUUGCAAAAAAUGAAAAAAAGUUUCUAAUAUUUGAUCUUUUCGGCCCUCCACCGAAGCAUCCUCUCAGAAACACGUUCGUUCGAAGAGUGGUCAAGGUCAUCCUUGACUCCAACAUCGAGCAGCAUCUGAUAUUUUGGUUGCCAGGUUACGACAGAGACUAUGUCAGGUUCAAGGCUCCUGGUUUCCAGCACGUGGGCCGUUUAAGAACCCUCGAGGAGCUCGCUAAAGAGAACAUGACGAUAGUAAAUGUUGACUACAAGAGGCUGUUCUACCAGCGGAUGGUGAGACAGUAUCAGGCAGCUAAAAUCCACAUAAAUAUGUACAUUGUCAACGAGCCUUGGCUCUUCUCAUUGGCCUGGUGCAACCGGAUCAACUCUGUGACCACAGACAACAUCCAGGUCCUGAACCAGCUCAGUCACCCACUCUUCUUCAUGACACCAGGAUAUUAUACGUUCAUAUGGCUUUUCAUGGUCAUUGCUUCUGCAAUUAUCAUUGGCGUUGUAUUUUAUUAUCACUGGGUGAAAGAACUUAAGAAAGAGAAGUGGCUCAAAGACACUACCAGCGCAUCUGCAGAUUUAUUUCAUCUGGAGAACGUAACAGAAGGUACCAGCUUUGGAACACAGGUCUCUCCCCAAAAGCCAGAUGUGCCGCUCACCCCUGCCAGCGUAGCCCGUAAAGCUAACAAAGGGCAAGCACCAGGAAAGUCAUAGGAAAACUCUGGCCACCUUCCAACCUUCGUGGAUCAAAAUCCAAACAGUCUACUUCACAGCAGUCUGCAAAGACCAGACCUCUUCCUCCAACGAGAGCACUGACCCCUUAGGACUCGCCAAGAAAACGUAAGGGUCACACCACUAGUAACCCCCUAAGGGAAUACCGUACUUCAAGGCCCCCCCCCCAAGAGGACACUGCUCUAUCAGGGCUCCCCAAAAGAACCAUGAACCAAAAAGUCCCCUAAAAGGGAUGUGAAAUCACUAAUGCUCCCCCCAAAAGUACUGAGGAAAAUAUCAAACAACCAGUGUCCGUAGAGGGCUUUAAAACCCCCAGGCUCCCAUCUAGGGGAUCACUACGCAGACUGCACUGAACUGCACGCUGGCCUCUGUCUAGCUAACGCCUCUCUCAGGAGUCUGUUUAUAUGGUGUUUCCUCCUCUGUCAUGUCUUUCUCCACCGUGCCCCCUUCUUCUCUUCCUGUCUGUGUCUGAGUGUGGGGAUGGUAGGGUGUGGUCAAGAAGGCUCACACAGGGGCACUGAGGUUCUCAGGAGCCACACUCUGGCCCAGACUCUGUAGGGAGUGCACCUCAGGAGACAGGCCAGGGCAGACAGUCAUGUGUGGCCACGGACCCGGGCAGCUGCUCUCUGGGUUCGCAGGACUGACUCGUCUUUUAUUUCUGUUGCGUUAUCUGCUGAGGAGUGCCUGACUGCUCACGUCAGCUUGUAAUAAAGGCACCUCUCUCUCAUGAAGCCAGUGUGUUGGUGCCCCCCUCUGUGGUCAGGCUAAUGAAGACUGCUAAUCGGGUGCAGAAGUGACAUUUUCCUCAGUCAGGGAUGGAGAGGUGGCGUGGACAUGAGCCAGGGGCAAAGCCCUCCUCCCAUCCUCAUUUUCUGAUGUGUGCACAGUGGGUGCUUCCUAACUCCUGAGUGGCCCCAUGCUCACUCAAUAAACACCCUUGGCCUUAUCAGGAAAAGAGCUCAGAACAAUCAUCUGAAGUCCCUUCUGCCUGGGAGCCUGGGGGUAGCAAUAGUGUGCUGAGUUCCAUGAUGUGACCUUCACCAGGGGUAGCAAUAGUGAGCUUCACCCUUUCAUUCUCACCCUGAAGGACGGUGAAGCAGUUUAGAUGUUGGAGGAGCGGUUGUCCUGGUGGUGUUUGGGUACACAGACAUGUCUGGCCUGGCGCGCUUAAUGUGAUGUCUCAGGGAGACAAAGGGGUUCUCACCGUCACCUCUGUAGCUGCUGACUCCAGCCGUUGCCCUGUCUGAGGCCUCUUCCUUCCCGGCCCAGAUGUACACAGUCCCCUCCAGACUUCACUGUCUCCCUGGCGUAAGCAUUUCACCGGAGGAAGUAGUAGUAGUCUUGGAUGUGUCUCGAUAAAACAAGGAGAUUCUUCUGGCACAAUGUGAGAGCCAUUCUACCUCCAUUGACCCUGGUUAAGAGCCAGGAAGAGAUCCCUUCCCCAGAUUCUCUCCUCUACACACACGCGUACACGCAUGCACACACAUGCACAUUGCCCU